AAUGCCGGAUAAUUCAGGGCCCACGGAGGCAUUUCGUUUCACGGCGCUGGAAGUGGAGGACCAGGGUGAGGAGCCGGAUGAAGUGGCGAAAGAGCAAAAACCGCAGCCCGAAGAUGUUACUCUUGAAUUUGAGCACGCAAAUCACGAGGAAGGGGGUGUGACAGCGACAGGAGCCGAAUUAUCUUUUGUCGUCGGUAGUUCAAGUUCAUCUUCGAGCGCGACUGGAGGUAGCAGACCCCGCAGGCUAUUCUCUAGCGCAUUCAAGAACGAAACGCUGCCCCCUCCGCCGCGCGUGCAAGGUAUGAAUAAGCGUUGCAACAUCAACAUGUAAAUGUAUGUGACGAAUGCAUCAAUCUAGGAGUUUGAAUUUCCCUCCCUCUCUCGUCUCUUAAUCCACGGAUGUCACCGUUCCACGAACUGCGCGGAUCUUUGAUAUGGACUUUUUUAUUUUGAGUCGUUGGGCACAACUCUGUUUGAGGUUUUCUGUUGCGAACCGGGCCCCGGAGCAAGGACACCACGAGUGGAGCUUCCUUCUCGUCGUUCCUGAACCAAGAUAGUUUGCAAGCGACGCUAAAGAUUCCACUCACGGGUCAAAGCACGACUUCAAGAGAAGAAUCUUUCGGAAGAAACCUGACCAGUGGCGGUUCAUCCUCGUCUUCCGCGAGGCCACCAGAGGCCGAAGACUCCACUGCAUUUCGCUUCUGUCUCAACGCUGGGUCAAGUUCCUCUUCGGAAGCGUCUGAUGAUGAAGUUGUUUAUCCCGCCGGGGGAGGAGGAAGCAAAGUAGCGUUUCCCAAUGAAGACGAAGAGCAGCUUCAACUAGAGCAUCGAGAGGACGCAACAACUUUCCCGGCUCUAGAUCUGCAGGAGGUAGACCCUUUGUUGCAGACCCUCGCCAGUGCCGAGAAUAUGGCCGGCUGGGAGCAGGACGGUUCAGUGGGUACGCACUUGGAAAAUCUGCUGAAAAGGGAAAGCGAGAAACGGGAGCGAGCACUGCUCCAAUGGCAAGCCUUGUGCGAAUUGGACGCCCAAGAAGAAGAACAACGCCGACUUGCUGAAAAAAAACGAAAGGUAGAAGACGAAGCGGAGGCCGCUAAAACGAAAGCAGACGCGGAAAAAGCAGGUCCCGCGCCGGCCGAAAAAGAUGACGAUGAAGUAGAUGAACAAGCUGCAAGUAUAAUAAGCAAAAGUAAAAAUGAAGGAGUAGCAGGUGAAGCUGAAGCUGAUCCUGGUGAGCCUGAACCUGAAAAGAAUGAAGAUCAAGGAAAGUCUGGUACCGCCGACCAUGGAAAUGAACCUGAUCAAGAAAUUGCGGGAGGGGUUGCAGCAGACGCCGUUCCGACCGAAGCCGAUCUCAUCAAGACAGCAGGUGAAGAAGCUCCGGGCACAGGGACAACCCCGCCUGCUGACACCCCAAACGACACUGAAGCUGCUCCGCAGGAAGUUGACCAUGACGCAACCACGCUGCGCGAGGGUGAGCACGAAACUGAGGAUGUAGGCGGGGAUGAUGAAGUUGUUGCGGCGCAUGUUGAUGGCGAUGACCAGGAGCAAGCUCAAGUUGCGCCUGGUGCCGAGCCAGGUUUCGUCAGCGAAAACGCACAACCAGGUCAGGAUCGCCAAGAACAGGAGCAUGGUGGUGAGGCAAUGACGACAGACACUACUAGCAAGCCAAGUGAAGGAGGUAUGCGUGAAAAACAUUUUCUUUUUAGUGGUUUGUCUUUGUCAAAAUGAUGAAAAUGAGGAGUGGAAGUAGAUGUGUGAUGUUGUAGAUGAGCACGCAAGGAUGAUGUUGCAAGAUAGCCAAGACGAUCGAAUGAAAGGCCACAUGCUCUUUCAAGUACUCGGCGGCUAGAAGAAUAUCCCUCGAUGACACUAUGCACAGGUUCUUUUUCGUGCGCACUGUAUGUCCCGAACGACAUUUUUGUCGACCCCGAGUCGGGCUUCGAAACCGAUUUUAUUCCAAAUGCGAGAACGCGCGAGCUUUCCUCCGAGCUUACCGGCCGCGCGGCUAUCUUCUGGGACGUCCGCGUGAAAACGAAGCUGCACGCUGGAAGGUGGAUCCACAUUGCAGACUCUGCUGAAGAGCUGGUAUCACGUUGCCGCGUUGAGGUGGCACUCAUCUAGCCAGAGACUGAUUUGGAAAUUCGUGGCUGUCGUCGUGUAGUAUCGUUGGCUCGACGUCUCGUUAGCAUCGUCCUCUAUAAUGAAGCUCAAAGUUGACGAACAAGCGAAUCACACCAAACUGGUUCGCCACAAUCAAAAAAUCCAAUAAUAAAAAAAUAUUUUUGAAGGUUGCACAGACGGAGAAAAUGGAUGCGCUUUUGCGAUGGACCUACGAAUAUGCGCUGGUUUCAGCGAAGCUUCGGGCCAUUGGCGACUUCAGCACCUUGCAAUUACCACAAUGCUAUUACGCGGCACGGCGCGCACGCGAAAAUCGUGCGAAGCUAUUGACUGUGUAGCCGUGCUUCUUGCCAGCAUGGUCUGCUAUAUCAAACUUGAAAUGAACGAAAAAAAAAAUAAGAAACACAGAUGCUGAGUUUAACUUUAACGUAUGACAACUACUUCAACUUCUUCUGUUUCUUCUCCCGGACUUCUUCUUUUCAAGAAGUGAACGAGUGUUUUUUGUAAAAUGUUCUUAGGGAAACGGAACUACGACAGAGAUAGAGACACUACAUUACCCGCCUCCAUCAGUUUGUAUGAUUCUAGAGACGAGCUUAUGGUCGAUUAACCAUUUACGGAAGUUUGAGAUUCAUGUGACUAUCGAACUAACAGAACCAGCAGACAACAAAGACUGUCGCGGUAGCCAAGGCGAUUGCGCGGAGAUGCAUGUCAAUGGAAAAGAAGCAAGAUGAGACAACUCCGCAACACAAAGACUGGCAUUGGAGCGAAGCUAACUGGCAAUUUUGUUUUCUUCCCCGAAUGUGUUCAUUUGCCGCGAAGAUAAGUGUUGUAUAC